AUGAGAGGUUCAGCUGUCGCCGGUUGGUUGUUGUCGGGCCACUGCAUGAUCAUGAUGCUGGUGGAGCUGAGCGACACGAAACAGCAGCUCGAGGAGAGCGAGAACACAGUGGCGACCCUGCGACGCAGUCUCGAGAGCCUCCAGCUUCAGUCUCACAAACUGAGCAACGAACUGGCACAGCGGCAGCACCGCAGUCACCUCGUGGACAACAAACACAUGCGUGGUCACCUCGUGGACAACAACAGCAGCAGAGCGUCACAGAGCAGUUCGAUCAGCGCCAACAGACAAGCGCUAGAAGAGCGGCAGCAAGAAACAGAAGCUGCUCUGUAUAAGAUACAGGAGUCUGUUCGCAAGCGGGAGGCUGAACAGCGACAGGAAAAGAACCUGCAGGAGACUAAACAGAAAGCUGCCGAGUUAGUUCAGUGUGAGCAGAAGAACCUGGAGAGUGAACAGAAGGCUGCCGAGUCAGUUCAGUGUGAGAAGAAGAACCUGGAGAGUGAACAGAAGGCUGCCGAGUUAGUUCAGUGUGAGCAGAAGAACCUGGAGAGUGAAGAGAAGGCUGCCGAGUUAGUUCAGUGUGAGCAAAAGAACCUGGAGAGUGAACAGAAGGCUGCCGAGUUACUUCAGUGUAAGCAGAAGAAACUGGAGACUGAACAGAUGGCUGCCGAGUGUGGGGCGGCAAGCAUCGAGGCCAAGCAGGAGAAUGCGAUCGCGAAAGCUGCUAUGGCGCAACAGCAGGUCCAACUCAAGGAGGUCGAAGAGCAGCUCCAGCAAGAGCUGAGCCAGGAGUGCGAGCGACUGAUAGCUGAGGUGCGGGUACGCAACACGCAACUCGCCGAGACGGCUGCCGACAUUCGUCAACUGCAGGACGAGCGAGAUGAAUGCGAGACAACGAUUAAUAAAGUCACAGCUGAGCUGAACAGCACCGCCGAGGCCUCCAAGACGCUGGUGAAACGCAUUGAAGAUCUCAUGAAGGAAAUCGACCAAAAAAAUGCUGCCAUCCGAGCCUGCGAAAAAGAGAUUAAGGCAAAAAAUAGAUCUCUGACGUCAGAGUCUAAGAAAAACGAACGUCUUCGCCACAACGUGGAGAAGCUAGAGAAGAGCUUAGACCAGCUACGAGAAGAAUGUCGUGCGGCUGACAACACCAUUGCCGAGAUCCGUAAUCAGGAGCUCAUCGAAGACCAUGAACGUUUCAAGGUCGAGACUCAAGAAACUAUAAGCCAGCUUACGAGCGAGAAGGAAACGGUGGAGGAACGAGCCGCUGCAGCGGCCCAAGAAGCACAGGCGCUCAGGAAGCAGCUGGCUGCUUCAGAGGCUGUCUCUUAUACACAUCUAGAUGUGUAUAAGAGACAGAAGCGCGUGGAGAACGGAGCAAAGAAGUCGACGCAUCUCCCUACGUUUUCGUACCUAAAGAGGGGAAUCCUGAAGGACCACAAUUCCAGCGCAAGUUAUGGGAGGAGCAAGCGCGUGGUCUUCAACUCGCCGGCGUCUGUGUACCACAUCGGGUCGGACAGCUCGGAUACUUACGAGAUUGCGAGCGACGUAGAACGAUAUGUGAAAGAAAAACCUUUGAGCCAAGUGCAAGCAAGUGGCAGGAUCCUCAUCAACCCGCGUCCCAGCGCUAAUGUGGCUCCCCUGCCCAGGAAUGAUCGUUAUUCUCGUGCCAACAAGAAAGCCCGCGUGGAGACUCCAAGAACUUACAGCGGCCCUCAGAAGAUGCCGUCACAAAGCGAUGUCCGAGUGCCGGCACCGCCCUUAAUCUGCACUCCUAUACGUCGACUCUCCAUGAUGUCUUCCAGCCGUGAAAAUAUCGCUGAAGUCAACGACAGCUCGUUCGAAGAUGCCGCUCAAUAAAACUGUGGACAAGUCUAAACGUCUCCACUCAACAUCGAACUUUCUCUAUCUCUGUUUCCGUGUUAAUGUUAUAGAUAUUUAUUUUUUAUUUUCAAUGCUGUUUAUUUAUCAAAAAGAUAUUAUUUAGGGUAAUAUGACUUAUAUCUCGGAAGGUCUUAGUCUCUCCAAACAGGUGAACACGCUCGCUAUAUUUGCCGUAGCUCUUAUUUACACGUUUAGUUUAAGAGAAGGAAAUACGUUGUUCUGAAACGCGUACCUCGUUUUUAGGACGUAAAAAUAAUAUUGAAAAGAGAUUAAAUUAUCUCUUGAGUAUUCAAGAUUUUAGUUAAUUGUAUAGAAAUAUAGAUUUUGUCAUUCCGUAAUGACGGAAGAGGUCGACUUUUCUUUUGUCGAGGAUCGACGUAUUUAUAUGAAAAUAUGUUACAGAGGAUCGACGUAUUUAUAUGAAGAUAUGUUACAGAGGGUCGACGUAUUUAUAUGAAGAUAUGUUACAGAGGAUCGACGUAUUUAUAUAAAGAUAUGUUACUCUUUUAUAUGUUUUUAGAUUUGUGCAGUUGUGCAACGUUUUCAUUAAUGCACAAACGUUUUCAUUUAAUUGCGUUACAUAACGCAUGAUUGCAUUGGAUUCGUAGUUUUCUAAGAAGGGCAUACAAUGAAGUAUACAAGAAUGACCAGAAAAAUGUACGGCGAAAUGAACUGGGGGUUUCAAUAAACGUAUUAAAAAUAUAUUUGUUAAUC